AUGGUGCACUACGUCUUCACGCCAUGGCGCGACCGCCCCGAGCUUUUACUUGUCCGACGACAGCUUUACGCCUCAUUUCACGGCAUCACAUCCACCGGCAGCGCCAAAGAGCCCGAGCAGAAAUCAACAGAGUGUGAAGCAGACAGAGAGAAUGAGACGCGGCGGGAGCAGCACCGUGCAGUUGCUCGAGUGUCGAUGUGGAUGCAGCGCGGCAACUGUCCGCACAUGGUAGAGUCAACAGCGCUGCUGAUGGCGGCGAUGCUAAAUGACCAAGACGCAGCAUCAUCGGAGAACGCGGCGUCGUCGGCAUAUGCAAUUCGGGCGGCGUAUUCAGCCGCAUUUAGUCGGUUCGUCACCGGCCUGCUUGACGGACAUCAAGACAAGCAGCGAAAACAGAGCAUGUACUCCAUUGCAAAGAAAAUAAGUCUGCCGGCCACGUUUGUCGAGCUGCGGCACCAGAGCACCCACGAACAGCUACCCUCGCUGGCCAAGCUGCGGUCUGCGGCCAAGAAGGCGUUGCUGUGGAUCUGGGACUACUACUGGAAGCAUCUUGGCGACGAUGCCGCAGAUCCGUGUAGAGAGGCCGUGCUAACGUACUUACGGGAGGACGAUGAGGCACAGUCACGGAAAUUGAUCAAGGAAAUGGAGCGAUGGUCGAGUGAUAUGGUGCUGGAGACCAUUGCCGAAGUGCGCAACAGUCUACCUGGAAACAAGGCUUUUCUCAAGUGUCAGGAGCUAUCUCAACUGCUGAAAGAGGCAGAAUCACAGAAGCAAAAGGAGGCCGAUUUGGUGACAAAUGCGACGAAGGAUACUCCAAUGGACGGUGCACAUGUUCUGCGAGCGGCGGACGUUCCUGAGCCGGCGCAAGAGGACCGUGGAUGGUCACGAUUUGAAGGCACUUGGAAGGCCAAACCCAUUGGCAUUGGCUCCCACGAUAACUAUGCCUACUUGGUCAUCGACGACAAAUCUAAGGAUGCUGUGAUCAUUGAUCCUGCGAAUCCUCCGGAGGUUGCGCCCGUUUUAAAGGAAGCUAUCCAGGCGGGCAAGAUCAACCUGACAGCCAUUCUGAAGGAACUGGGAAUCUCGCAGCUGGAGAUUAUCGGCGGUAAAGACUGUGACGGCGUUACCAAGACGCCGCAACACGGCGAGACCUUUAAGCUUGGCAGCAUCUCGAUCAAGGGCGUGCACACGCCUUGCCAUACCCAAGAUAGCAUAUGCUUCUUCAUGGAAGACGGCAACGACAAGGCUGUUUUCACUGGCGACACCCUCUUCAUCGGCGGAUGCGGAAGGUUCUUUGAGGGUUCGGCCGCGGAGAUGCAUGAGGCGCUGAACAAGCGGCUUGCGGCCCUGCCAGAUGACACUGUUGUUUACCCGGGACACGAGUACACGAAAUCCAAUGUCAAGUUUGGCAUUUCGGUGUCGCAGAGUGAGUCUGUGCAAAAGCUACACUCAUAUGCCGACAACAACAAGGUGACGACUGGAAAGUUUACCAUUGGGGACGAGAAGCUACACAACGUCUUUAUGCGAGUCGAGGAUCCCGAGAUCCAGCAGGUUACGGGUGAGACUGAGCCGACAUCGGUUAUGGCCAAGUUGAGAGAGAUGAAGAAUAACUUCAACCAGAGGCCUCCGAAGCGCAAAGCGACCGCCAGCGGCAGCGGCAGUGCCCCCAAGGCGCGCCAGUCCAAGCUCGCGAAGGAGCACAAUGUCACGCCCCAGGAGGAGGGCGAGAUCCGCGAGGCCUUCAGUCUCUUUGCAGAGCCCAUGGACGGGGAGAAGCUGGGCGUUCUGCCCAUCGACGACGUCAAGUCCGCCCUGGUAGCCCUCGGCGUCCCCGCAUCGUCCCCGGCCGAACUGAAAGAAUUCAUCUCGAUCCUCGACCCUGAAUCCGACGGCUACGCGACCUUCGAACCCUUCUUCGCCAUCUGCGCGCUCAAGUUCCACACGCGCGAGCACGACUCGGAUGCGCACCAAGCUGAGCUGGACGAGGCUUUCCGCCUAUUUACCAACGGCCAGGACGGACCCAUCACGCUCGCACACCUCCGCCGCGUCGCCGCUGUGCUCAAAGAGGACGUCGAUGAGGAGUUACUCAAGGACAUGAUCCUGGAGGCUAACGGCGGCGCUGGCGUUGCGCGGGGCGUGGGGCCUGAGGAGUUUGACGGGGUGAUGAAGAGUGCGGGUGUCUGGAGGUGA